CAAAAGAGUCAUUUCCCGCCCGGAAGUACGAAGGAGCGAACAAUUCCCGCGAAGAGCACAGUAAUCUCACUAUUGGUCUCGCCGGCGGAGAGAUUCUCUCUGAUUCUUCAUUUGAUCACCAAAUCGUCAGUCGGAAUCUUCAAGUUCGAGCCGGCGAAACUGGACUCUCUCUUCCUCGAUUAACCUUCAGAUGAAAUAAAAAUUCUCUCUCGUCGACUCUCUCUAGAGUCAUUUUUAAUUCUGAUAUCCAUUGUGCUCUCACUCGUUUACCGAAUCAAUGGACGUAUGAGGCGGCUGUAAAUCUUUUAAAUGACAAGGAGGAUUAUUUUAGAAGGGAAACGAGAAGGAAUAUGAUAUAGACCAUCUACGUCUACUGAUGUUGUAUGCAGGAGAACCAUGUCCAAUUGAUGCAGCAUUUCGAUAAAUUGUGUUCUUGCUGCCGGGAAGAUAUAACGUUUUGGAAAGAAAAUUUUCAAAUUCAUGUCGCGAAAAGGUUAUAGAUAGGGAAGAGGGAAUACGAAAUUGGUUUUCCGAAAUUUUCCAAUAUUUCAUGUUCGGAAGAAUGAACGGCGAGCGUCCUCCGAUUAGGGUUUUCGGCCAGCGAUCAAUUUCAUCGUCUUUCCUCUCGGGAUCUUCAAAUCCUUUCAAGAGUUCGAGUGAAGGUUCACAAAGGAAAUCUUCGAAGGGCUCGCAGUUGUCGCUCUCGGACUUCCUCGAUCAGAAAUUGCCGGAAACUUCCGUACCACAGAGGACGGUGAAGGGGAAGUCCUCGCCCUUCGCCUCAUUGCAGGGUCCGAGGGAUUCAAAUAGCUCCAUUAAUAGACCAAUUGGAAGCUAUUGUGGAGCGGACACGGAGACAGAAUCGGCCAUUUCAAAGGUUAUUUUUGAACAAUUCAAGCGUCCUGAAACAAACCAAGGUGAAUGUUUAGUUUCAGGUAGUGCAAUUGAAACAGAUAUCUCCGAUCCAGAUGAUAUACUAGAAUCGAGAAAAAGGAAGAAGUCAAAUGAAGGUUUUUCCAUCCCAUGCAGUGAGAGCCAAAAGAGGAAGAAAAACGUAGUAGUUCUUGGAGGUGGCCCAAAACCCGAGCAAAAGGGGAAGGAGGCAAUUCAUAUUAGAAACAGAAAACCAGGACCUCUCUAUAAUCACUAUGCAAGUGGCUCUGGCUGGUGGGACUGCAACAUGGAGGGUGUUGACAGCGAAGAGGUUGGCCUUGGUGAAGUUUGGGAGGGAGUUGGUUCUACCACACUUGGAGGAAUAGAGUGGCAUUGAGUUUUGGGGCUUCAUCCUCUCUAACAUGGAAUACUGUAUUUUGUCAUGUUAGUUUUUGCUAAUUAUUAACUGUUUUUUAUCUUCUUAUGCUUAGAUAAAUUGGUUUCUUGUUAAGCCAAGCAUGAAACAGGAUAUGUGUACAUCUAACUGUCGUUUUUAUCAAAUUCGAACUUUCCCAUUUCUAUUUUAUAGCUUUCAAGCAUUUUAGACUGUUUUACGUAAGCCAUAUAUUAUAGAUUAUGCUAUUCCAUGAUGUUUAUCUUUUUAAGGGGUUAGAGUAAGAUGGACAUCAUGGAUUAUCCAAUAAAAAUAAAUUCUUCAUGUGGGAGCUUAGCUACGAGAGUGUGAAUACAAACGGAGGACGUGGGAAGAAGAUUCUCCACCGUGGCACUCACCCCCUCUCGGUGCAUCCUUUGCCUAGACAGUGUAGAAAGUAUGGGUCAUAUUUUUCUUCACUGCCCCUUUGCCUUCAGCUUUUGGGUGUCUGCUCUCCUAGGAACGUCUUCCUUGAACAUCUCUAUGAAAGAGAAGGGAAAACCAUAUGACUGCAAUUGAUUAGGUCCAUUUCUGGAAUCUCUGGUUAGAGGAAACAAUAUAACUUUCGGUGGUACAAUGCUUUGCUUUGUAGGCCUCUGAUGGUGUAAAUUGUAUUCCACUUUUAGCAGCUCUAGCAAUUGCGAUCUUUUCACUAAUGGAAGAACUUUUUGUAAUGUUCUUUGGUUUGGAGCAUAUAGAAUAAGAAUACAGACCAUUUGAGAUUUAAAUAAUUAUCGUCUACCUCUGUGUUUAUUGGAUAUGGGUCUUUCGUUUUUUUUUUUUUUUAAGGUAGGAUAUCUGUCAUUCUUUAAGACUAUUAUAGCAAUGUAGUUAAAACUUCUCUGUUGUAGCUUUUACCAAUUGAAAAGGUUUGUGCUUUUUCCAGAUAUGGAUCAUUUUCUGAGACUUCCGUGGCAAUGUAGUUCAAACUUCUCUGUCCUAGCUAGGGGGUUAGACUUAAAUUUUUUUUUUUCUCUUUUAAGAAACUUGUAUAUAACAAGAAGAAGGGAAAACAACGCAACGGCUGGAGUAUAGGAAAUCGCCUCCAAAAAGGCUUCAAAAAAGCUUUCUAAUUGUUCAUAAACAUGGAGAGAUUGUAGUUACAAAAGAAUAUGCUGUAAUUAGGACACCACAAAAAAGUGUGCUGUACGUUUCUUCAAAAAAGUAUCUUGAUGUGCUCAACAAGCGAGAGGUGCCUUUUUUCUUUUUGUUGCUAAUUUGAUUGACUAAAGAAACUUGUGAUUUUAAUCUAGCUUCAGAAAUUGGCAUUGUAGACUUCUGGUUUGUGAUUUGUCAAAUUGUGAUGAUCUUUCAUAUAUUGUGAAACCCCUGUCAUUGGCAUGAUUUAGAGAGAUGCAUCAUGUACUUUUCCCCUAGGUCAUGAAAUAUUGUGCACCUCAAUUCUAUAUAUCGUUUGUGCGGUGAUUGGUGAACUAAGCAGUGCCUCACUGGGACUUGUAGAAGAUUUGAUACUCGGUAUUUUGGAACUAUAUUGGUGUGUUUAAAGAUUUAUUGUUCUGCUGUCUGAAGCUGCAGUAAGUUUUUAGAAUAAUAAUUCUGUACAAGGCAGAAUUAGAAACUAAAAAAGGCAUUCGAAUGGUUGCCUUGUAAUUCCGUUUAUAUUCAAGCUAAAAGUAUCCUUUUUCAAGCCUUUGAUGUGUACUGCUUUAGGAAAUAGAUGAUCGUCUUAUCUACUUGUGUUUUCCUUUCCUACUUUUAAUAGAAUCAUAUGCACUAUUAUGAUUGCAAAGAAACUUUUAUUUAAAUUUAUGAAUUUAACUCGGCUACUUUGUUAUGAAGCCGACCAAAAGAAGUCAUUUUCAUUUUAGGUUGGGAGUGGGACAACAUAUGAGGAGCCACAUGCUAUUGCUUCACGAAAUGCAACUACUCAUGGACAUUCGUUUUACUCUCGGUGGUUCUUAUCUCUAAAGAGGAUGAUCGACGUACAAUUUGUUGAUAUAAUUUGGAUCAGGAUCAGGAACAUAGAAUUCAGCAGCAGAUCGAUCAGGAAUG